AUUCUGUUUUGUAUUAUUUCUGUGAUUUCUCUUUCUGUUAAGCGUACUUGGCCACUGAUUCUGAAUUAAACAAAUUAUCAUGCACGAAUUGUUAGCUUGCUAGCCAUCUGCAUAAACCUGAUCAAUUAAGGUAACUCUCGUUAACGGAGCUAGCUGUCAAGCACAAGAAAAUAGCGGCGUAGUUUUUGCAGGCUGGCAGUCAGACAUCAAUGAGCAACGUUGCCAUUAACUAACUAUGCCUGUCUGACUUUACAUUUAUUCGUAUAAUAGGGAAAAACAGGUGGUUACAGCUCCAGUUUGUGGAUAAUAUUAGCUAGUAUCUCUACAGACGGGUUGUUUCCGGAAUACCUGGCAGGGACCUCACGAUACGAUGUCAUCACGAUUGACCUGUGUAUUGGCUGGGUAAAGACACCCUGAGAGUGUCAGCAGCCCUGUUUGCUGAGAACCGGCGGCGGCUGUGCCAAGGCAUGAAGGCCACGGAUGGGGUGGCCCCCAAGUCUGUAGUCGUGCUGCAGGGAGGGGAGCAGAAGCAGAGAUACUGCACCGAUACAGACAUGCUCUUCAGACAGGAGUCCUUCUUCCAUUGGGCUUUUGGAGUGACUGAAGCCGACUGCUACGGAGCCAUCGGUGUGGACACAGGAAAAUCCAUCCUCUUUGUCCCCAAGCUGCCUGAGAGCUAUGCAACCUGGAUGGGAGAGAUCCAUCCACGGGAAUACUUCAAGGAGAAAUACGCAGUCGAUGAGGUGCAAUACACCUGUGAUAUUGCUGAUGUCUUCUCCAAGAUGAAGCUUGGAGCUCUUCUCACUUUGCGUGGACAGAACACAGACAGUGGGAGUACCUGCCGCGAAGCCUCCUUUGAAGGAAUCAGCCAAUUCCAAGUGAACAACACUCUUCUGCAUCCAGUCAUUGUGGAAUGCCGGCUGACUAAGACUGACAUGGAGCUGGAGGUUCUGCGAUACACUAACCGGAUUUCCAGUGAAGCCCAUAAAGAGAUCAUGAAGCAUGUGAGACCUGGACAGAAAGAAUAUGAAAUGGAGAGCCUGUUCCAGCACUACUGCUACUCUCAUGGGGGAAUGCGUCACACCUCCUACACCUGUAUCUGUGGAACUGGAAACAACGGCUCAGUCCUGCACUACGGCCAUGCAGGAGCUCCCAAUGACAAGACCAUCGAUGACGGAGACAUGUGUCUGUUUGACAUGGGUGGAGAAUACUACUGCUACUCCUCUGACAUCACCUGCUCCUUCCCAGCCAAUGGAAAGUUCACUCCAGACCAGAAGGCCAUCUAUGAGGCUGUGCUCAAGUCAUCACGGGCUGUCAUGGCUGCCAUUAAACCAGAGGUCAAGUGGACAGAGAUGCACCGUCUGGCUGACCGGGUUCACCUAGAGGAGCUGGUGAAGAUUGGGAUCCUGCAUGGGAGUGUGGAGGACAUGCUGAAGGUCCACAUGGGCUCUGUCUUCAUGCCCCACGGCCUGGGACACCUGCUGGGCAUCGACGUGCACGACGUGGGCGGAUACCCAGAGGGUAUUGAGCGGGUCAACGAGCCCGGUCUGAAGAGCUUGAGGAUGGGCCGUCUGGUGCAGGAACGCAUGGUCCUGACUGUGGAGCCUGGUAUCUACUUCAUCAACCACCUGCUGGACCAGUCCUUGGCCAACCCAGCCCAGAGCUGCUUCAUCAACAAUGAAGUGCUGACCCGCUUCCGUAGCUUUGGAGGGGUGCGUAUUGAGGACGACAUUGCAGUGACUGCCAGCGGAAUGGAGCUGCUCACCUGUGUCCCUCGUACAGUGGAGGAGAUUGAGGCUUUCAUGGCCGACCGUGGAAAAUCCUUCUAAAUAACGUCGCUCAUAUCCAAGCUGAUCUAACCAAAUGGUAUUUUCACUCCUAAUUGUGGAGAGAAUAUCUGUUUUCUGAUGUAAGAGAUGCAGUUUCUCUAAUGAUAUCUUGCCAGUCUACAUAAUGCCAUAUAUAAUCAAUAAUGGAUGCAGAACCUUUCAAUCUAGAAAGGUGUCUGUUUAAUCUCAGUGAAUGCAGUAUCAGUAGCAUAACACACUCAUAAACAAAUGCAGGUUAAACUACCUAUACUAUUUGAAGCUCUUAGUGAUAAAGAUGAUUAUUGUGAAAAUGCAGUGAAUUAAAUUGCUGUGGCCAUCUUGCCACGUAAAAACAGUGUUGA